AUGAGGGUAUGUGGCUGCUCUGGUCCUAUGGUUGAGAUCCAAAGAACUGGGAGUGAUAUCAUCUUUAACAAUAAAACGCUCCUCUUUGCCAGCCUUGUAAAGAUGACGUCUGCAAAAGCCAUGGCUAAAGUAACGAUCAUCAUGCUGGUAGUUUGUCUUCUCACCCAAACAGAUGGGAAACCUAUUAAGAAGAGAGCUGUCAGUGAAAUACAGCUUAUGCACAACCUGGGCAAACACCUGGCCUCUAUGGAGCGGAUGCAAUGGCUGAGAAAGAAGCUACAAGAUGUACACAAUUUCGUUAGCCUUGGAGUUCAAAUGGCUGCCAGAGAUGGUGGUUACCAGAGGCCCACCAAGAAGGAGGAAAAUGUCCUUGUUGAUGGCAAUGCAAAAAGUCUUGGAGAGGGAGACAAAGCUGAUGUGGAUGUAUUAGUUAAGGCUAAACCUCAGUAA